GAUUGUGGUUAGGCCUAUUUAGUUAAGACUUGACCCUAAAUUGUGCGCCACUGCUGAAGGAUGAAAUUCAGAUCCUGGGUCCUGGUCAGUUUUUAAUUAUUUAGACCUUCAACUUCCAAAACAAAACUAUAAGCUACAGCGUUUCAUCUCUACAGAUACAGCCAGUAAGAUUCAAACAGAGAACAGCUCGGGAUGGUCAAUUAACCCUUUUGAACCUUUCCCGUUUCCUCUUCCUCCCCGCCCUCCACGUUCAUGCCGAGAUGUAAAGCAGACACAGUGACAGGUCAGGUGGGGAUUUUGUCACAUCCACACACUUCUCGCACUAUCCACGCUCCUCACCUAAAACCGUCAUCAUUUGCACGUGCGUCCUGUGGGAGGUUCCCCUUACCCCCUUUGCGUUAAACACUCCCUAAAUCGAAACUUUAUCAUAAACAGUCCUGCUUCGGGGAGCCAUAAUCACCUCUCUCGGGCUUUACCGAGACAUUUCAUUGGACGUCAACACGCGACCGACGCGAGGAGGGGGGCUUCCAGACGCGUGCCGCUUUUUAAACCGACGCCGCGCCUUGAGACACCAUAGAAGGAGUGCCGCACGCGACAGUCGCACAGCAUCAUUUCAGUGCAUGCCUCAAAGAACUUUUUUUCUGAUAUAUCUAGAAAAGAGGUGUUUUUGUUUUUGUUUAUUUGUUUGUUUUGGGUUGUUAGUUGUUUUUUUCUGUUUGUUUGUUUUUUUUGUUUUUGUUUUUUCUUCUACUCAUGGAUGUUUUAACUGCAGACUGGAGUAAAAGCACGAGGGAGGUGGCUGCCCUCGACGCGCUGCAACAGAGUUGUGGCAGCCCAAUAGUAGUAGUGGAAAGGGGAGGGAAGCAGCAGUUCGAGGAGUCCCGCUACGAACCUGGACUGACGCUCGUGGGGAGGGAUAGAGACCCACGCGCCUGGCAGGCUCCGGCUUCUGGCACCUGCGCGGCACACGACACUUCACCCGACUACCUGCGGCACUCGCCAUGCCCGAGCACCGGCUCGUACCAAGAGAGCGACUCUCCGGGGUCCGCGGGUCAUCCCAGCCCUCUCAGUCACAGAAAAUCUGCCAAGAGCCCCUCCUCUUCUUCACUCAAAGUCAGGGAUCUGUGCCGACUUAAAGGCACGACCACCGGGCCUGAAGAAGAGGCUUCAAUGAGGCAGAGAGCCCCUUCCAGCAAACCAGCCAGCGGGAUCCAGAAGCAAAGAAGAGUGGCCGCCAACGCGCGCGAGAGGAGGCGCAUGCACGGGCUUAACCACGCGUUCGACGAGCUGCGCAGCGUCAUCCCAGCUUUUGACAACGACAAGAAGCUCUCCAAAUAUGAAACUUUACAGAUGGCGCAGAUUUACAUCAAUGCUUUGGCUGAGCUGCUCCAGGGUCCAGUCUCCUCCAACCAUAGCAAUAAUGAUAACUCGAGUAAUAAUGAUAAUUCGCCAAAGUGUGACAUUAUGCUUUCACCUGUCGAUGACACCUCCCAGUCGCCAACUACCUGUAGGACAGCGGCGGCUGCGUCCGUCCCAAGCGGCAGCUUGCCCGUUCACAUCAGCGGGAUGCCUUUCCGUUCUUCCUUUGAAGAGAGUUCGUUCUCCCAAAGAGUUGAAAAGGAGAUGUGCUCAUCUUCUCCUUCACCGUCCUCUCGGGCAGGCACUUCACAGUUUGGGAGCGGAAGGAAAGAGUCUCCCCGAAGCGACGGGGAGUUUUCCCCGCACUCCCACUUCAGUGACUCGGAUGAAAUAGUGAUGGAACUUCAGUCAAGUGAAGAAGAUGAUCUUCCAGAACUCAAGCUCUCCAGCCGCCACCAUCACCAUGCAGUUUCUUUCUAAACGUUUCUAAAUAGCUGUAACAUAGACUACAUAAAAACACCAGGCUAUAACGAAACAGGCCUAAUGACCAUAAACCGUGUCAAUAAUACAGAAAGUCUUACAUUUUUAAGGAGACUUUUUCUUUUUCAUAAAAACUAUUUAAAAAGUUAAAACAACAAUAAUAUUUUUCAACAUGUAACGUGGUUAUUAUUAUUAUUAUUAUUAUUAUUAUUAUUAUUUUAAUGUGAGAUAGGCCUAAUUUGGUUCUGCCAACAAACAUAUCUACAUACAUACAAUUUCCAGUUUCCAUGGAGACGUGGCUGGAAGACCCCCUCUGCCAUGUCGCGCACAGCACUGCCAUGGGCAUUUCCCAAAAAGCUGUCUUCCACAAAAACUUUAUUGAUAAAUGCUUGGCUAUAUUUGAUUAGACCGAUAUAUGUACAUUUCUUUGUAGCUAUCUUACUUGUGGUUUGUUGUGAUUUAUGUUUUGAAUUGAUCAUUUGUUUGUAUAAUGUAUUUUAUUUUGCUACUUCAAAAGUUUAUGACGUGCACUUUAAGAAAAACAGGCCAGAGGCUUCAGAAUUGCGAUUUUUAUCCUCCCCCCAAACCACAAACAAAUAUGCUACCGUUUUAUUUGCUAAUGUAGUACAGCCAACUCCACUUAAACAGCAUAUUUAAUGUAGCCAUCAUCGCUGCCUUCUUUUUAAAUAAAAAAAAUGUCUUUUAUAUCACAGAUGAGCUUAUGUGACUUUUUUCUCCCAUUGGAUGAAUUGAUAUAAUGUGAUGUAUUUAUUGCUGAUAUGUUUCGUUUGUUUUUGCUUUUUAUCACUUCGUAGUUAAAGUUGCUGGAAAACUAAUAAUCAUUUUGCCAUUCUUUGUUAUUUUCAUUUGAU